UAUAAAUACUUCACUGCAAAUACUUGUUCACCUCAAAUACUUCCAACUUUCCAAACUUCUAGCAGCUCGUUCAGUCCCUUGUCCACACACCGUGAGCCCAGCACUAAAAAUCUUGUCUACCUAGACUUUUUUUAUUUAUCACCGUGACGCAACAUGAAGAUCAAAUCUUUUCCCGCACAAAACGUCACUGAACCCGAAAACAACAUCCCCACAACCACAACUUCAACGAUCCCAGGCCGCGACAUCAUGGCUUCCGACGCCGACAAGCUCAAUCAGUCGUUGCAGUGCAUCUCAAGCAGCAUUAACGAAUUCGCGGCCAAGACAGAGUCGAAGUUCGCCCGUGUUCACGAUGAGAUGAAGAGCACGGACAAGCGCAUCGACGCGGAUCUGACCCAGAUUCGUAUCGUAGUGCGAGCCGAGGUCGACGACCUCAACCGCGAGGUUGCUAAGAUGCAGAAGGACGUCAACAAGCUCCAGCCUCACUUCGAUGUCGUGUACAGCGAGCUGCAGCGCCUGCGCCAGGACAUGUCGCAGCUCACCCAAGUGCCACAACCCCGUCUGCCCGAUCCGCCCAAGCUCCUCGACUCCGACAGCCACCUCUGCCCCUGGCUCCGACAGAUGGUGGCGAAACUGCGCAUCGACGGCGACGCUAUCGGAUCUCCUGAGGCGCGCUUCUACUACGUGUACAACUUCUUGAGCAUCGGCAUGCAGGCGGCGGUCCUUUACGUCUGCUCGGAAGCCGACAUGCUAGGCGAGUGGGAUGUCAAAGCCCUCCUUGCCGCCAUCAUUGAGAUCUCCCUACCACUUAACCGUGUCCAACGAGAUUACGCGCAGACUAUGCUUCAUCUCCUCUAAUUGCGUCCGACGAAUGACGCGAGUACUGCUUCCUGUAUCGAAUCGCACAAUUUUUUAAAACGAUGCAAUCAAGUGUUACCUGGUGUUGUAAUGAUACCUAUUUGACAGAAAUUCCCGCCGUUUGAAGGUUUUUAUCGAUACUUUUCAAUCCUCUCGCUGUCGACCCAACACACACUCGUCUCAAUUGUGCUUUUGUCUACUUAUCGCCGACUGUUAUCGACUCUGUAAGUACGAUCACAAGAUACUUUUCACUUUGCAUGUGCUAACCUACAAAGAAGCAGCCGCCGGUACUCGACACAAAUUUUUUUUUUUGCCUCGGUUAUUUUCUCGGUCUACCUCUGAGAUGACGAACGGCGUACGGUAUACGGUCUAAUAAACGUUUCAUUUCCUCGGUUUUUGACGUUUUCUAUCCGGCCACCAUUGCAUCCGAGAUGCUCAUCUCACGAUGAGUCGGCUCAAUUAGGAAUCACGCGUUGUUAUGCAAGGGAGGAGUUGUUAUGGACGGAUACUGCUGUGGGCUUCAUAGGAACCCGAUGACAAUACAAAGGACAUUGUCAUAUGA